GGCACUCUCUGCAGGAUGAGUAGUAAGAUCACAUUUUAUGAGGACAGAAACUUCCAGGGCCGCUCCUAUGAGUGCGACACCGACUGCCCUGACAUGCACCCCCACUUCAGCCGCUGCAACUCCAUCAAGGUGGAGAGCGGCUGCUGGGUGCUGUACGAGAAGCCCAACUACACUGGUUACCAGUAUGUCCUGACCAGAGGAGAUUACCCAGACUACCAGCGCUGGAUGGGCUACAAUGACACCAUCCGCUCCUGCCGUACCUUCUCUUAUACCAGCGAGGGCCCCUACUGCUUGCGCAUCUACGAGCGCCCAAACUUCCAGGGUCAGAUGAUGGAGUUCAGCGAUGACUGCGAGUCGGUGCAGGACCAUUUCCGCAGCCGGGACAUCUACUCCUGCAACGUCAUGGAGGGCUACUGGACCCUCUAUGAGCACCCCAACUACCGCGGCCGGCAGUACUUCAUGAGGCCCGGAGAGUACCGCAAGUUCAGUGACUGGGGGGCCACCUGCGCCACCACCGGGUCCUUCCGCAGAAUCACAGAGUUUUAAUCAGGAAUCUCUCUUGAUGCUUUCGGUUUUAUUCACCUAGUUUCAUCCAAAACACCCAUUUCCUCCUCUAAAUGGCAUCUCUUUGUGGUAAUGUUAAUAAAAUACGUGGUACAUCAAGGAGUGGGAUGUUUCAU